AUGAAGCCCAUUUUCGUCCUAUCAGUCGUCAUCGUGCAGGUCUUCGCUACCAGUCGUGGUGACACGAGUCUGAGUGCAGUGAAGGGCGCAUUUGAUGCUGCAAACAUACCGUCGAAUGCGAGCCUGACUUUCAAUCCAAGUGUGCUCUUGGAAGUGACAUUCCCGGAAACGAACAGUCCUGUCAUCCAUUUGCAUGCAGGAAUUCAACUGCCCCGCAACAAGACUGCGGGACCCCCGACGUUUGGCAUUCACCCUCACGGUAGCCUCGAGAUACCUACAGGUCGAUUCGUCGUAGCCAUGGUCGACCUAGAUGCACCGACACCGCAGAACCCUACGAGUGCACAAAUUCGCCACUUCCUGGGUGGCGACUUCUCGCUGGGACCUGUGGGCCUAGAUGGAAUUGCGCCAUUGACCAACUCCACUCCGGCAUUGUCGCACUUUUUGCAACCCACUCCGCCUGCUGGUUCCGAUCCACACCGAUACGUUUUCUUGCUGUUUCAUCAGCCAGCGACGUUCGAUCAACAAAAUUUUUUGAAUUCGUCGACACCUAUCAGCCUCUUCAACAUCAGUCUGUUCGCUGAUGAAGUUGGGUUGGGACAUCCGUUGGGUGGCACGUUCAUGCGUGUGGGACCAGAUCCAUCAGCCUCCGAUGUCUAA